AUGACAGGGCUGCCGCUGCGGCCGCCGCGCAUCACGGAGCACCCCACGGACGCGACGGUGCCGCGCCACGACCCGGCCACGCUCAACUGCAAGGCGGACGGCGAGCCCGAGCCCACGAUCGCCUGGUUCAAGGACGGCGAGCCGGUGCGCACGUCGGCGGCGGACGCGCGCUCCAGCCGCGUGCUGCUGCCCACGGGCUCGCUCUUCUUCCUGCGCGUCGUGCACGGCCGCAAGGACUCCGACGCCGGCGUCUACUGGUGCGAGGCGCGCAACGCCGCCGGCGUCGCCAAGUCGCGCAACGCCACGCUCGAGGUCGCCGGAGCUGAAAACGGAGGUAAAUCUUUCGCCCGCUGUGCACCUUGUGAUAGGCCAGGCUCGCGGGCGUAG